CCCGAGCAGCGACUCUGAUCAGACUCGAGCAAAAACCGCUUUUCGACUACAGCAACUUUUUAUACCAAGGAUUACUGGAUUGCCUUCGUUGGAUUUAAUUUUCAGCACCGAAUCCUCGGUAGAAGCACAAUGACUUUGAACAAGGGUGACAAAUUGAGGAACAUGGACAAGAGGAGAGGAAGCGUGCCCUUCCCAAUGAAUUUACCCAAUCUACACAGGAGAAGCAUGCCCGUGGACGACCGCGACCUGCGCGCCACGACGCCACAGACGGGACAGACCGACGAGCUGUCCAAUUUACUGCGGUGCACGUCCUACUCCCCAAGCGAGCAGCACCGUGGCAGCUACGCCUCGGACUCCUCCGACUCGGUGAUUUCCACCAGCAGCGAAGCGGACUCCCAGGUGUACAAAGUGGUUCUACUCGGGGAGCACGGUGUCGGCAAGUCCAGCCUGGCGCGCGUCUUUGGAGGAGUUGAGGAUGCUGGUCACGACUGCGAUGAAACAGGAAACACUUACGAUAGAUCUAUGUUGGUGGAUGAAGAAGAGGCAUCCAUCGUGUUGUAUGACAUCUGGGAACAGGAUAACAGCCAGUGGUUGAAGGACCAGUGCAUGAGAAUGGGAGACGCCUACAUCAUUGUGUAUUCAGUGACAGACAAAUCAAGCUUCGAGAAGGCAUCGGAGCUCCGCAUUCAGCUGCGCCGUGCCAGACAGUCAGAGAACAUUCCCAUAAUCCUUGUGGGAAACAAGAGUGACCUGGUGCGGUCCAGAGAGGUGUCCGUAGAUGAAGGAAGUGCCUGUGCAGUGGUAUUCGACUGCAAGUUUAUCGAGACGUCCGCAUCACUUCACCACAAUGUGCAGGACCUAUUUGAGGGCAUCGUCAGACAGAUCCGUUUGAGAAAAGACAGCAAGGAGGAGAACGCCCGACGCAUGGCCAACUGCAGACGCAGAGAGAGCAUCGGCAAGAAGGCUAAAAGGUUUUUGGGCCGCAUGGUCGCACGCAAGAACAAGAAAAUGGCUUUCAGGCAGAAGUCAAAGUCCUGCCAUGACCUAACAGUUCUCUGAGCGACAGAUGGGACAGAAGGACAAUUUUUCCCCCUUGGCCUCUGAAGACCAGAUGCUGUGUGUUUUAACACUAACCCAAAAGGACUAACAGAACUGUACUGAAAUAUAUUUUUGUUUUCUAGACAUCAACCAAAAGCAAAAAGAAGCUAUUGUUAAUGAAAUGACUGAUGUUGUUUGAGUUAUAUCAUGGUGAUAACCUGCAUUUAUUUUAUUGUCUGCCUUAAACAUAUUGUCAUCAGUAUGUAUGAAAAAAAAUCCACAAAGGCUUGUUAUUUCUAUGUGCUGCGAAAUUGCCUUGCGGUUAGGUUAAUGUUGUGCCCUUUAACUAAAUGGGUGGGGGGUGGGGAAGGGGGUGAUGUAUAUACUAAUAUUUGAGUCACGCUGAAGGCGACAUACAUCUCAUCGUAUUGUAAGACAAGGCGGAGGAUAAUGAUGAUAGGUAUUCUGGAGUCAUAUUUUACUUGAAGUGUGGUACGCAGGUUCGUGCCUCGGCAGAGUUACUGAGGACUAUUCAAAACAUCUGUUAUUCUAUGUUUUUUUUUUUUUUUCCAUAACACUGAAUUCAGGUUGUGAAUGUCUGAGUAAAGCAAUAAGUUAUACUAGUCUUGUGAAUUUUGACAUGAUUUGAAAAUUCUUUUUACGUUGAGUUCCUUUUUCAAUAAAAUAU